CCCCCACUAAGCCCCCCCGACCCUCUCUCUUCUUUUAUCCCCCCUCCCUCUCUCCCGUCCCUUUACAUUCCCCCUUUUUCUCUUUCUCGGCUCCCUUUCUCUCCACGCCAACUGCUACCAAAUCUCCUCCCCAAAGCCCACCCUCCCUCUCUCUCCCUCCCUCCCACUCUCUCUCUAUAAAGUAAGCGUCUCUCAUGGCAUCAGAGGAAGCAGCAUCUGAACCCCUCAAAUACAAAACUUGGGUGCUGAAGGUCUCAAUCCACUGCGAGGGAUGCAAAAAGAAGGUGAAGAGGAUCCUCCAAAGCAUUGAUGGUGUUUAUACCACAGAUGUUGAUGCCCUCCAAAACAAAGUAACGGUAACCGGAGACGUCGACGCUGAAACCCUCAUCAAGAAACUGCACAAGUCCAACAAGCAUGCUGAGCUCUGGCCAGAGAAGAAACCCACCAACCCAAAUCCCAGCAAUAACACCACCACCAACAACAACAACAGUAACAAUAAGAGCAAGAGCAAGAGCCAGAACUCGGGCAAAGAUGACUCCAAAUCCAAAGAUCCCAGUGAAAGCUCCGAUAAAAAGCCAUCCGGGGAUGUCUCCGCCGCCGCCACCGCCGCCGCCGCCAAACACUCCUCUGGCGAGAACAAAAGCGUAGGCAAAGCCGCCGAUGGCAAAAAGGCCGAAGAAACCGCCGGCGACAAGGCCGCUGAGCCAUCGAAGGCCGAUAGCGAAGCCCCCAAGAGUGCCAACAAAGCACCACCAGCAUCCGAGGAAAAGAACGCCGCCGCCGAGAGCUCCAAGAGCUCCAAUCCACCUCCCGACAAGGCCGCCGCCCCUGCCAAUGGUGGCGAGAAGGCAGCCAGUGGCGGCAAAAAGAAGGGAAAGAAAGGGGAGAAAGAGAAGACCAAUGGUGACGGCGGAGGAGAAACUGUACCUAAAGAGGCUGGUGGUAACAACUCGGAGGCCGGCGGCAUUAGCCGGACUCCGCCGCCGGAAAUGUACCAUUACCCGAUAUACCCUCCUCAGCCGGCAUACGUCAUGAGCUACAACACGGCGCAUCCUACCACAAGCCAAGCCUACUAUGCCACCCCGAUGCCACCGAUGCCUCAGAGUUACAUGUACCCCCCAUACCCGCCUCCGCCGGAGUAUUACUACGGUCAGCCGGCGCCGAGCUUAUCUAUGUCAUCCUCGCCGCCACCGCCGCCACCGGCCGGUGCCUACGACGACAUGUUCAGCGAUGAGAACCCGAACUCCUGCAAUCUUAUGUGAGGAGAGCUGGAGCCCCAGCUACUACCAUCUUUUGCUUUAGGUAACGUAUGGUUCUAAGUCUAUCCAUAGACGUACCAGUUGUGAGAUGUUAAGUUGAUACUUUUUGUAUGAGUGGAGUAGUUGCAGUGGUGGCACCAAGUGGGAUAGUCUUGUGACUCUUGUGUUGUAAAGGCUAUGUAUUAGAUGUGGGCAUUAGUUUCAAUAGGUAAGUAGAGUAGGGUAAGUAAUAACUUGUUUAAGUUCCGAGGCUUGCUUUCUUCUGCUUGACAGUCUUUUCUUUAAUUUUUGUAAUUUUUCUUGGGAUCUGAGGCCUUUUGUAAAGGCUAUUGUCAUGUCAUCUGUAAAGUAGAUUGUGAUCCCUGCAUGCCUAAUUGUUUGUACCAUAUAUAUAUUCUCUGAAUUAUUAUUAUUAUUAUGGAAGGAAGACAAACACCAAAGCUUAGGGUCUUAAGCUUGGUGGGGCCAGGGUAUUUGUAU